UCCAAUUUAAAUUUUAUUUACUACACAUGUAAAUCAUGUUUAUUGAUUUUUCGUGUUUAAAAAUGAGUUUUGAAUGAACUAUUUCCUGUUUUUUGUGCACUGCGUUUUCAAAAAUCUACGUAAUUCAGAAGGUAGACUAUUAUUUUUUAAAUAACGCAACCCUACCGCGGCAAUAAAUUGUCCCUUACAUUUUUUUGACAGAUAAGCAUAAUUUAUAUCAGUUCUAAAUACCUAUAGUUUGGAAACAACGAAAUUUGGUUUUUAAAAUAAAAUGCUCAAGCUUUUACCGAUUAAUUCCCAAUUUGAACAAAUGGACAUGGUUCGGUGUAUAACUGGUUGCCUGCCAUUCGUGUUUUGAAUUAUUCGUUUUUAAUUAAAAUAACAAAGACGAAGAUUCAUAAAGCAACAAGUCGUCCCGAAAUUAGAUUUGUAAACACUUUUUGCGUGUCACUUAUUGUUUUCAAGACAGUGGCCAGGAUUUGCCAAUUAAUUGUAUCCGAAAAAUUGAACUUCCUUUAUGUUUUAAUCGGUCACACGUUUGAUAUAAUUAGCUUGUCCAUGUUUUAAUCCGUUGCACGCGUGAUGACGCACAAUCAGCUAAACGGGGGAAGUCCCUAUUAAAGCAGUUUGCAUCUGCGUCGUUCCCCUCCGAUAACGUGUGCACUUUUCCCCCACAUAGUUACGCAAAAAAUCGCGAUACGAAAUUAAUAAUCGUAAAAAUAGUGAACCCAUCAGUGGUGGUUUGGAAUAAAAUGCCUUGGUGUUAAAAAUAGUUUCGUACAGUCAUUGGAAGAGUCGUGAAGGCUAAAAAUACGCAUUUACGACAACCUUUAGUGUUCUCCUCAGUGCAUUCACACGCGUUUUGCGAAAACCAAAGUGCGGAAAAUGAACGACCAAAUCGAGCACGAAAUAUGCGGCAAUUGCAAAAAGGAGAUUCCUCAGCACAACUACGUUAUGCACAGUGCACACUGCGCCCGCAACAUCACGCUAUGUCCAGUGUGCAAGGAACCGAUCCCCAAAAGCCAGUUCGAAAGCCACAAGAAAAACUGCGUGGCGGUUAAGCCAAAGCCGCGGAAACCCGAGCCGCCCCCGACCAACUUGGAGAAAAGCUCGUACUUCCAAGAGCGCAAAGCGGUCGAAGACAAGAAAAUCGCAGAGCGCAAGGAGAAACAAUUGAAGAAAUUGGAGAAGUUUGUGGAUUUGGGGCACACGCUGAAAGGCAGCGAGAAGAAAGCCAGCUUGAUUGCGUGCAAGUUUUGCGAGCUUGAGCUCCCGAAGCUGGAGCUGGAGGAGCAUGAGAACUAUUGUGGCACGAGGACCGAUAAGUGUCUGCAGUGUGGGGAGCUGGUCAUGUUCAAGUAUAAGCAAAUCCAUAUGGAUUCGAAUCACGGAUUUCUCAAACUGAAAGAUGAGCCAGGGCCUCGACCAUCAUGGGACUCCACCACCCAGCGUUCGGAAAAUUCCUACACUCCACGUCCGAGACCACCACCUUUGAGCUUUUCCAGCUUUGAUGCGUCAGUCUAUUCGAGCUAUUCAACCCCAUCGCCGAUUAAGAAGGAAAAAGGGGAGAGCUACAAGGAGAUUUCAAGACGGCUUGAUUGCAAGACCGAGUACAUUCGUAAUUUGCUGCACGAUUCGGCCAGCAUUACUGUACCUUUACGGCACAACGGGGCUGUCCCGAGGAAUCACUUCAACCACAACAAAGGUCCGGCCCCCCAGCCCCCAAGGCGAAGGCCCAAUCCUCCGACAGAAUUAACGAUUCCUUGCGAGUUUUGCAACGUCCCGAUACCGCACGAUGAUCUGAUCCAGCACGAAACGGGGUGCAGGCCCGACCUGGCCAGAUUUAACCCCAGAAGACGGGUGCCUUCGGAGGAGGACGACUACUUUGUGCCCCCUCAACCCAGCUCCCCUGAGGUCGAGUUGCCGUGCGAAUUUUGCGCCGAUAUGAUACCGGCGUCCCAACUUUUGCGCCACCAAGCCACCUGUAUCUAAAUUUUGUUGCAUCGAGAGAAAUGUUUAAUUUAAUACGCUUUCUAUUCUAGCUUCGUAAUGUAGUUGUUUUAUUAUUAUUAAAUAAAUAAAGUUUU